AUGGUCACUUUGGACAGGUAAAAAUAAAAGUAGAGUUCGAAGCAAAAUGAAGACAUGCUUUUAUUAUGGUCUGAUUUUCGUGAUUUGUGACGUUGCAGCCCAAAAGAAGACCGAGUCCUUUAAGCUAAAACAUUGCUCGUGCAAAAGAAGGCUCGCUUCCCAAUCCGAUGUCUCCGCCGAAAUUAAUUGCGAAAAACCAGUCAGGCUGGAGGAAACCACAUGCAGUGAAGAUGCUUUCCAUCGAGGUCCAGGACAAAAGGUCAUCGGGACUUGUUUCUAUGGUGACACCGAAUCCGAAUCCCACCAAACUCGGCUUUAUUUCGAGGGCAUUUCCGAGAAUCUCGAGGCUAUGGCCGAGGUCUAUCCAGAUUGGACCAUGAGGAUAUAUUUCAACGAAUCCUUGAGCAAACUAACACUCCGAGACAUCUGUGAUCUCGCUUGUGAACAUGACAAUUUGGAUCUGUGCCAUGUUGGGAAGCUCCCCAUGGGACCGGAAAUCGACGAUGUCACACUCAGUAAUAUGUUUCCUAUGAUGUGGAGGUUCUUGCCACUUCUGGAUCCACAGGUGACAAUAUUCUUAUCCCGGGAUUUGGAUAGUGUGGUAAAUCGACGGGAAAUGGCUGCUGUGGCCGAAUUCAUUGAAUCUGACCAUGUCCUUCACAUCAUGCGAGAUCACCCCAAACACGAGUUGCCCAUCAUGGGCGGUCUUUGGGGUUGCAAAGUAUCCUCCACCCUCGACAAAUGGAAACAGAUCUGGCCUCUAAUGCUGCAAGAUGAAAAAGUCGUGGAUUCCACUAUUCAUUAUGGCAUGGAUCAAUACGCCUUGGACAAGUACGUUUGGCCUUGGGCCCAAGAGUUGGCCUUGGUUCACGAUUCAUUCAACUGCGACAAAUUCAGGACUCCAUUCACCCGAGCGUUUCCGACACAAAGACUUUAUGAGCUGAACAACUUUGUUGGGUCCAUCAGAUAUUCACCCGAAUAUCAGACUUUAUGGGAAACCUGUCCCGAGAAUUGUCGACCCAAAGACCAUCCUGAUUGGGAAUAUUGCUAACCGUAUGUUUGUAAGGGGGAUAUUCUAUUAUUUAUUGA